AUGACCACGUCAGACCCGGUUCAGAUUCUAUCGAAUGGAGUGGUGAAGCCAAUCGCACAGUUUUCGGUUCCAACCAAACCUGAGGACAUUGAAGACUUGGGGCAUUGCAAGAUAUGUCUUCAAAGGGCCGAUGGUAUUCAUUUUUCAGUGACUUCUUGCAGGUAUUAGUGAGAUUAUGUAUAUUCACAGCAAGUUCCUUUAUUUCAGAGCUUGUGCAGCAUUUUUCCGUAGAACUGUCAUACUCAAGAUGAAGUAUAGUUGCAAGGAAGAAGGAAAAUGCUCAGUUGAGAAGUGUAAGUGUUUAGCUUUUCGAGAAUGUUCUUCCGGGCCGCCCUCACACUUUAUUAGAGCCGGAAAUGAAAAUCAUUUCGUCAUGAGUGGGAGGAAGUGCUGGAUUGAAUCAGACACAGCUUCUGCUUGUUGCUGAUCUUGUGGUUUUUGUGAAUAACGUCCGUUCGGGAACUACGGAUUUAGAUAAUGUCUGCUCAACAUUUCUAUUUUUGGCGGGGGUAUUUCUUACGUGCGGGUCAUCAUUGAAUUCUUGAUUAUGAAACAAAACAUGACGAAUAUUGACAUUCAUUUCUAUUCAGCCCUCCGAAAUUUGUGCCGCAGCUGUAGGUACACGCGAUGCCUCAAUGAGGGGAUGAAAACAGAAUGUGAGUUUCGCAACUUGGAAAUUAAAAGAUUAAAACACAAUACUACAGUAGUCCAGCUCCAAAGAGAUUCCAUUGGCCGAAAAAGAAGCCAGCAGGUACAAAUAAACUGUUUUGACGAAAGUGAGAAUGACAGAAAGCCUUCAGAGUUCCUCUGCGGAUGCCCUUUUUCUGCCAAACGUCGCUUCGUCGCUGAGUGCUGUUUUCAAGAAAGACGAUGGACGAGAAGAGUCACUCACAGCGUCUUGCACUAUUUUGGCUCAGAUGACAAGUGGUACACAAAGACACAUCCGACAAAAGAUGUCAAAAACGUCAGUUUUCAGGAUAUGCUCUGUUUUUGAAGUUUCGAAAAUCGGCGAACACUCUGGUGCAGAGCUCGGUGAUCACUCCACCUUUUAAAAUGCCAAAAGAAGUGAGGAAUGUAACGAUUCUAUUUAGAUUGUAAACGUUUUUCUAGGAACUUCAUACAUCCCGUUUUGAUUCGGCUAAACAAGUGUGUAAAGUCGAGGCACAUUUGGUGACAGAUAUUGUGAACACUUAUUUCUAUCCGUUCAGUAGUCUGAAGUUUGAAGACAAAGCAAGUUUUGAGGGAUUUUUUAAAAGAAUGACUAUGAAGUUGGCAGGUUGCUCUGUUCAAAAACUUCUUCUGCUACUUCUCGCACACCGAUCGCGCUUACCAAUCCUACAAACGCUUUGAAGGUGAUAACGGUAAAUGUUAUUUUCACGCCUUCAUUUUGUAAUUGAUGUUUUGAACAGCGAACGACAAGAUCCUCAUGCCCGAUGGAGGAUUCAUAAAGCGGACCGAACUCGGAAGAUUCUAUGAGAAUGCGGAAGGCGUUCAUACAACUCCAGAAGAUGCUGCAAAGUGAGAAUUACGGAUUUGUUUUGAUCAUGAUAGAUUAAUCUGUGUGUUUUGUUUGAGAAUCUUCCAACCGGCAUUCAAUUACAUUUUGGAUGUCAUUGUUGACUAUAUGAGACGCAUUCGUAUAAUUGAGACCGAAUAUCUGGCGCUCCUUGGUUUCUGUUUGUGGGACGACGGUGAGUAAGCAUGACGGGGCGACGGAAGCUUUCCGGAAACAAUCAGCAUAACCUAUUUCGAUGUGUUCUCUUUCAGCGGUUCCCGGAUUAUCCAAAGAGGCCAAAGGUUUGGCGGUGAAAACGCAGUCGCAGUUGCUCGCGGAGUUGCAAACAUUCUACUUUGCACAAGUGGAGGAUUAAGAGAUUAAAACAUUUGUAUCAUUCACCGUUUUCAGAGCAAAGAGCCCCCAGAAGUUACGCAACGAAUCGGACAGCUUUUGUUGCUUGUUCCAAAGCUAACAGUUAGCUUUAAAAGAGUGUAAAAGAAUCCUAUUAAUUUUCAGAAGUGUGUCAUCAUGCUGCGUGAAAACUCUGUGCUGGCCGAACUUUUCAAUUACUACGAGGCGGACGUCUGUUGCAAAAACUUCAAAGAAGACGCUUCUGUCGAUUUGGACUGCACUUCCGAGUGCAUUGUACAUUCUAAAAACGAAUAA